AUGCACAUUGCUGUGGCUAAAGGUGAAAUUGACAUUGUGACAUAUUUAGCUGAACGAGGCGCCGAUGUAAAUGGAAAGGACAAUGACACGUGGACAGUUCUGCACACUGCUGUUUAUAAAGGUGCACUUGAUGUUAUAAAAUAUCUAGUUGAACAAGGUGCGGAUGUGAAUGGAAAGAAUAAUGACGGAAGAACAGUUCUGCACAGUGCUGUUGCUGUGGGUGAACCAGACGUUGUCGAAUAUUUAGUUCGUCAAAGUGCUGAUGUGAAAGGCAGGGAUAGUUAUGGAGACACAGUUCUGCACACAGCCGUUGUUAAUAGUAAUCUUGACAUUGUCAAAAGUUUAGUCGAACAGGGCGCUGAUAUAAAUGCUAAGAAAAAUGAUGGGAUGACAGUUCUUCAGGCUGCAGUAGUUAAAGGUGCAUUGGACACUGUUCAAUAUCUUGUAGAACACGGUGCUGAUGUAAAAGGUGAGGAUAUUUAUGGAAGAACUGUCUUGCACACUGCUGUCGUUAUCGGCGUCUUUGAUGUUGUAAUUUUUUUAGUUGAACAGAAUGCCGAUGUACAAGGCAAAUCUUUGAAUUUCGACACAAUUUUGCACUAUGCUGUUGCUAAGGGUGAACUUCACAUUGUCAAAUAUUUAGUUGAACGUGGAGGAAAUGUAAACAGCAAAAACGCUGUUGGAAGGACAAUACUGCACUUUGCCGUUGCCAAUGGUACAUCUGGCAUUGUUGAAUAUUUGGUUGAACAUGGGGCAAAUGUAAACGCCAAGGAUACUAAUGGAGACACAGUUCUACAUUCUGCUGUUGUUAACAGUAACAUUAACAUUGACAUUGUCAAAUACUUAGUUCAAAGUGGUGCAGAGGUAAACGACAAGAAUACUGAUGGAAGAACAGUUCUGCACGUUGCUGUUGCUAAAGGUGUUCUUGAUACAGUAAAGUAUUUAGUCGAACAUGGUGCUGAUGUAAAUGGCAAAGAUAUUCAUGGGAAGGCAGUCUUGCACUUUGCUGUUGCUAAAGGUGCGCUGGACAUUGUAAAAUAUUUGGUUGAACAAGGUUCCAAUGUGAAGAGUAAAGAUACCGAUUUAAACACCGUUCUACACUUCGCCGUCUCAAUAGGUAUAUUUGAUAUUGUCAAAUAUCUAGUUGGGCGCAGCAGUGACAGCACAGAUUUAAAUGGCAAGAAUAUUGCUGGGAAAUUUGUUCUGCAUUUUGGUAUAACUCAUAACGUACUAGAUAUUGUCAAAUACUUAGUUAAAAUGGGUACUGAUGUGAAUGGCAAGAAUACUGUCGGACAGACAGUUCUACAUUUCGCUGUUGCUCAAGCUGACCUUGACAUUGUGAGAUAUUUAGUUGAGCAUGGCUCGAAUGUAAAUGAAACAGAAAAUACCAUCGGGCAGACAGUCCUUCACGCUGCCGUAGAUACGUGUGCAUUGCAUGUUAUCAGGUACUUAGUUGAACAGGGUGCUGAUGUAAAUGGAAAGAAUGCUUAUGGGAGCACAGCUCUACACUUUGCUGUUGCUCAAGGUGAACUUGAAAUUAUCAAAUUCCUAAUUGAACAUGGAGCUAACGUAAACGAAAAGGAUACUGACAUGUGGACAGUCCUGCAAACUGCUGUUAAUAAAAGGGAACUUGGUAUCGUGAAAUAUUUAGUUGAACACAACGCUGACGUAAAUAGCAAGAACACAGAUGGAAUGACGAUUCUCCACAACGCCAUUUAUAAAGGUGCAUGGGACAUAGUAAAAUAUUUAGUUGAACAAGGUGCUGAUGUGAAUAACAAGAAUAAAGAUGGAAUGACAGUCCUGCAUAGCGCUGUUUCUGAAGGUGAUCCUGACUUUAUACAAUUUUUAGUUGAACGGGGUGCUAAUGUGAAAAGCAAGAACAAUCACGGGGACACAGUACUGCAAACAGCUGUUCUUGAAAGCAAUCUUGACAUUGUUAAAACUCUUGUUGAACAGGGUGCGAAUGUAAACGCCAAGAAUGAUAAUGAGAUGACAGUUCUGCAAACUGCAGUUGUCAGUCGUGUUCUAGAAACUGUUAGAUAUUUAGUUGAACAUGGUGCGGAUAUAAACUGUGAGGAUACUCUUGGAAGAACUGUUCUACACACUGCUGUUGUUAUUGGUGCUCUUGACAUCAUUGAAUAUUUAGUUCACAAGGGUGCGGAUGUACCGAGGAAUUUUCCUAAUUUUAACCCAAUUAUGCAUUAUGCUGUCAUUAACUGUCGACCUGACAUUGUCAAAUAUUUAGUUGAACAUAGAGCAAACAUAAAAGGCAAGAAUGCUGGUCGGACUAUCCUGCACUUAGCUGUUGCUAAUAAGGACCUCGAACUUGUUAAAUACUUUGUUGGACAUGGCGAAAAUGUAAAUAGCAAGGAUACUGAUGGAGAAACAAUUCUCCACACAGCUGUGGUUGGAAGUAACGACAUUGUUGAAUAUUUAAUUGAACAUGGAGCUGAGGUGAAUGGCAAGGAUAUUGGUGGGAGGACAGUUCUUCACAAUGCUGUUGCCAAAAGUGUAGUUGAUAUUGUCAAAUAUUUAAAUGAACAAGACGCUGGUGUGAAUGGCAAAGAUAUUCACUGGGAGGCAGUUCUGUACUUUGUUGUUGCUAAAGGUGUACUUGAGUUUGUCAAAUAUUUAGUUCAGAAACAUUCUGAUGAACAGAGCGAGGACUCUUAUUUGGACACAGUUCUUCAAUUUGCCAUGACUUAUGAUGUAUUAGGCAUUGUCAAAUACUUGGUUGCAAAAGGCUCGGAGGUAAAUGGCAGGAAUACUGCCAGGCGGACUAUUCUACACCCUGCUGAAAACCAACUUGAUAUUGUGAAAUAUUUGGUAAAAAGUGGCGCGAAUAUGAAUGUAAUUGAAAAGAGUGCUAUUGGGCGGACCAUCCUUUAUGCUGAUGCAGAUGCAGUUACUUAUAUAUUAGACAUCAUCGAGUAUUUAGUUGGACAAGAAGCUGAUGCAAAUGUUGAGAACACUGAGGGACAGACAGUUUUAGACUUUGCUGUUGCUCGAUGUGAUCUUGGCAUUGUCAAGUAUUUAGUGGAAAAAGGUGCUGACAUUUUUCCUGAAAGUAUAUUUGGCGUUCACUGUCGCCCCAUCGACAUCGUAAAGAUGGCUGUCGUUCAAAAUUCCGCUGUCUUGCUCAAUCUUUUAUUGCGACAGAACUUCGAUGUUACAAGUUUUGGAACAAUUCUUGUUGAAGGAAAACAGAUGAGUCUUCUGGAAUGGAGCAUUCACCAAGGUCAUCAUGACAUCACAACUAUCCUCAAAAUGUCUGUAAAGCAUCGUGACAAAAUUCAGACGUUAAAAGCGAUAAACUCCAACCAGUUAGAUAAGAGUGGAAUACCAUUGCACGCUUUCGUCGCAAAUAAUGAAUUGAAAGUUGGUGAAGGUUCUAGUGGUUCGUGCGUCUAUGUUGGCCUUAUGCAGGAUGGAAGCGAAGUUGCUGUUAAGAGAGUGUUGGUCCAAAGUGAAGAUAAAACAGCUGAAAACGAAAAGAAGAUCGUGAGCCUCAUUAGCGCUAGGGACUGUCCAUAUAUAUUGGGCUAUCGGCACUUUUACCGCGACGAAACCUUUAUGUAUCUUAUUGCUGAUCUCUGUGAGGAGAGUUUGAGGGAGGUUAUUAAUUUUCGCAGUGUUGAACAUCUGCAACAACACGGACCACGAAUGAUUAAGGAAAUUCUCUCCGGGCUUGAGUAUCUUCAUGGUAUAAAAAUCUUACAUAGAGAUCUAAAACCAGCAAACAUUCUGGUCGACAUCGCUGGACACAUGAAAUUGGCGGAUUUUGGCAUAAGCCGGGUACUAAAAGAAGACGAAUCGACAGUCAAAACGGCUCCUAAAGGUACUUCGGGAUGGAUGCCCGCAGAAGUUAUUCUAGCAUUGGAUAGAAACGAAGAGGGUUCUUUCAAAAGGAAAUCGGAUAUCCAAGUUGCCGGUAUGAUUGCUUUCUCCAUCUUAACUAAGGGUGAACACCCUUUUGGUUCUUCGUUGGAACGAAUGAAAAAUAUUUCGGAAGGGAACUCAGUCAACUUGGGGAAACUUCGUAAUCGCAAAGCUCGAAAGUUUGUGUCAUGGUUGAUUAAACAUAAGAUUAAUGAUAGACCUUAUGCUCACGAGGCUCUGAAGGACUCGUUCGUCAAUACCGACGGAUGCGAUUCGAAAUAUCGAUGAGAAUCAAUGAUGAUUGAGACAGAGAUGAGCUGGCAGCGAAGUGAAAGUUCAUUGUGAUGAAAAAUCGCACUUCUGCCCACAUCGUUUAGCGUUUGGGAAAGCAAUGGAACAAAGAGAGUUAUUGAACAAAGAACUUCGCAGACUUAUGCAUACUUUGCAUUUUCUAUCCCUUAAUUCUUUAAACAGUUUGCCAGGCAUAUGCGAGAGAAAAUAAAAACAAAAUGCCCCGAAAGAAAAUUCAUUUUCUGUCAGUUUUUCAUGUUAAUUGAUUGUGCCAUUUCCCCGUCUGCUAUAAUUAUACAGGGUGUCUCAGAAAAAAACUCUUUAAAGAAGAAUCCUAAAUUAAGAUGAACGCAA